AUGGCGCUAAUGUCGCUGAUAAGUUUUGCUUACAUAGAGUUUAGCACUAUCAAUAAUAUCUUGAGUUUAAUACUACUUCUACUUGUACCAAUUGCGUAUUAGGCAUCUAAAAUUUUAGAAAGAAUAGAAAUCAAAAACAUUGUAAAUUCACUAUCUUAAAUCGAGUAGGCCAAAACCAGCUAGCUUGCUAAAAUUAUGAGACUUACAUUUUUCUAAAAUAGAAAAUAUACAGAUUCUGAGGGAAUAAAAAUACUUAAUGGGAUAUCAAAGUUACAGUCAUAAGAAAAAUUAAAUUUUCUUAUGAAAACUGAGGUUAAUUUGCCCAAAUAAAAAAAUCCAAAUAAUCUAAAUUCCAAAACUCAAAAAUUAUACAAUGAAGAUGAACAUUACAAUAUCUCUCAAAAACAUACCGACAGUACUGAUACAAAUUCUAAUUAAUUAAUUUCAGAAUCUGAGAUGAAUUAACUGAUUUCGCUUAUUGGAGACUGUUUCAGAAGACAAGCUGAUGAAAGCAAAGCUUCUCAUGAAAAUUUAGUCGAUCUAUCAUAUUUAAUCUAUUUACUUGAAAUUCAAUAAAAUUUUAAACUUUUUUGGAAACAAUACUGCUAUGAAACAUCAAUAUCUAAUUAAACAUCUAUAAAAAGAGAAUAAAUGAUGUACAGUUUACUUCACAGUUUUGAAAGAAAUUUAAAUUCUAUUCAAAGGUAAGAAAAGUUUUAAGAGAGUAUAUUUAGUGUAAAUUACUUAAAUGUAAUCAUGUAUGAUGAAAGCAUCAAAGAAUCUUUCUCUUUGCUAAAUUAAUGCAUAAAUAAAAAAACAAGUAUCCUUCAGAUGAUGUAAAUGAGAAUAAUAGAUCUAAAUAUUUUGUCUUAAAAGAUAGAGGAGUUGUAAAGCUAAAUAGAAAAGCUCAAAUAGAAUAUAGACUUUCUUCAUAAAUUAAAUGGCCAAAAUCAUGAAUUUACUCUCCUAAAUACUUACUACAGAAAUUUUUUAUCUUUCUCUAGAUUCGACGUGCAAUUUGAUCGCUACCUGCAUAAAAAUAACAGAAAAAAAGAGAAUGAAGACAAUCACAAUAAAGAUUUUAAUUAUUAUCAGUGCUAGUAUAAGAGCAGCGUAACUGACAUUUCAGAGCUGUAAAAUAAAAAUUCAUGUAUAAUCUUUACUUCUCUUUUAAAUUCAGCUGUUUAAACUAUUAAAAAAACUUCAAUUAAUUUUUGUAAAAUCUUUAAAAUGAGAAAUGAGCUUGCAAUAAAUAAACCAAUUGAGAUUUUGAUGCCAAGUAUGUUUAAAAUUGCCCAUCCAAAAUAUGUAAAAGAAUUCAUGGAAAACAAAAAUGUUUUCAAUAAUAGAGUGUAAAACGUUGUAUUUGGAAUUAAAAAUGAUGGGUACAUCUUUCCUUGUACUGUAAAUGUAAAAGUGAACAGAGUAGAUUUAUUCAAUGAUUUUGGUAUGACUACGUUAGUAAAAAUGAUAAACUUGAGUAAAGAUUAUAUCCUGUUUAAUGAAUAAAAUUUAAGGAUAAUAUCUAUAACAAAAAACAUUCAUAAAUAUAUCUUUUAAUCUUACAAAAAAUUCCACACAAUUUUUAUUGAUACUUAUUUUCCAUUUAUUAAUUAUAAAAAUCUAAAGUAACAAAGUGAAAACUAGAUAAAUUCAGAAGCAGUCAUUUCUAUGAAUAAUUUUGAUGAACUUUCAUUAAAUAAUAAUAACUAAAUUAACUUUAUGCAAUAAUAAUUUUCAUUCGUUUUUAUCGAAGACAACUCUUUUACUGAGUUGGUCAAAUGUCAUCAAAACUCAGUUUUGGAAAAUGUUUAGUUUUACUUGAUAGAUAUAGAAAUUAAAAAAGCUUAAUACAAAUAUAUUGACAAUGUCUACUAUAUUGAGAUAUCUUAGCUUUAAGAAUUGGAGCCAGAAAAAAAUUAUAAAAUAAUACUCCAGUAACUAGACUCCUUUUUGUAUGAAUCAAAAAGAACCUCUCCUAUUUUUAAAAAAAUCUUGAACUAACUAAAACUAAUAGAAUAAUUAUCAGAAGACGUUUAAGAUAAUCCUUUUUCUAUUGAAUAGUCAUCCCCAAGAUUAGUUAUGAGCUCAUUAAUAUUGAAAGAACACUAAAAAAGUUCUUAAGAAAUUUUUGAGAUUAAUUCUCCCACUUUGAGAAGACAUGCAAAAAGUAAAUAUGAAUCUCUGGAUAACCAAAAACAAGAUUCAAUAUACAGUAAAAAUGAAAUUAAGUUCUUCUCUACUGAACAUAAUUUAGAGAGCCAGUCAACAGGCAGAGAGUGUAAACUAGUUUAACUAUCAAAAAAAUUAAGAGGAGUGCAUUCUGCUCUUUAGAUUUUUAGUUCCAUGAAUGAUAAAAAUAAAUUAGCUUAAUAGACUUAAAACACAUCAAGGACGGUUGUGAAUGUAAAUUAAAGUAUCUAAACUGAUCAUUAAAAACUGAUUACAGAAAAUUAAAAUAUAAUUUCAUCACCCUAGGAAUAAGUUAAAAAUACCCAAUAAAUUAAAUUAUUUAAGAGCACAAAAUAGCCUAAUAUUAAUAAGAAUAAUAUCCCAACCAGCAAAAAAAACGAUCCAAUUAUAAAAAUAAAUGAUAAAUAGAGCUAGAUAGAUUUUAGUAUAAUCAAUACAUUAGGAUUGAAUAAUUCACUUUCCAUAAAUGCGGCAGAAGAGAUGGUUACUAUAAAUAGCAUCGAUGAAGAAGAAAAGAAUGACAUUUAGCAGUAAAGGUUAGCUUAAAUUGAGCAGGAUGUAUAAAAAGAAGAAAAAAUUCGCUAAUCCCGCUCAACUAUUAGAUAUAUUAAAGACAUUAUGAAUCAGAAAAUUGAGCUAAAUUCCAUUAAAGUUUUCUAAUUGAUUGGAAUACUUUGCUUUCUAAUUUUACUUAUAUUGACUGUAGUAUAAUUUACUCAGCUAUUAAGUUCAAUAAACGAUUUUAAUUUAGAUUUUAAAUUGGUUAAUUGGCCAUCAACUAUUUAAAGCUAAAUUGCUUCAGUGUAAAAAAACGUAAGCUUAAAUUAAAUAAAUAAGUAAAAUGAUUUUGUUUUAGUAACUAAGCAGAUAAAAAGCCAAAUAAAUUCUUAUAUAAGUUCCUUUAUGAAUGAAGCUGUUUCUGAUUUACACUAAACUAUGACAUAGAUGGAAGGAAUUAACUCUAAUAGACCUAUUUUUGAUUUCUUAAAAGAUCAAAGUGUAGUUUAUUCCUGGCCUUCGUUUAAAUACACGGGUACAUAGCCAGAUGGUAAGUUUUACAGUGUCUAGUAUAAUACUGAGUUGCAUUAUGGAAUUCUUUUGAUAAAUUUAUAAAUUUUAAGAUAUAUGGCUGAUGUUGGAGGUGGAAAACCAGAAUAUUUUAUGAUGGUAAAUGAAAUAGUUUUUUAAGACGCUUUUAAGGAAGUUUAAUAGAGAGCUAUUUAAUAGUCAAAUAAAAAUUUAGAAAAUAUUAAAAAUAACUUAGAUAAUAUGCUCGUAAUUACUUUAAUACUUACAACUUUUUGUAUAGGAAUACAAAUACCGAUUUACUAUUUUAUUUAAAAAGAAAGAUAAAAUAUUUUGUAUUUAUUUGCAACAUUCAGUACAGAAAUUACAUCAAAAAUAUUAUCUCGCCUUAAUUCUAUUUAUCAUCAAUCUCGCUCUACUUCUAUGGGCUUAUCAACAGUUUUCACUAAAAAUUUUAAUAAUAACAUUGUGAAUGAGCAAAAUGAAUAAAAUAAACAUGUCUAAAAAGAAAAAAAGGCCUAGUAAAACAAUGAUUAAUAAAUAAAAAAACAGAACAUAAGUGAAUGUAAAUAGCUUACAAGACUAGACAGCUCUUUCUUAAAAAAAAUAUUUUGCAUCUACAUAUUGAUGAUCAUUUUCCCAAUUCUGAAUAAAAUAAUUCCAACAUAUUAUAUUAAUUAAUCUAUAAACGAUGCAAAUGACAUUGUUUAGAUAUAGCAACUAAAAGCACAAAUUUUGGAUUCUCUAGGAAUGAACUACUAUUCAUUGAUUCUGAAAUUGUAUCCCAAUCUGAAACCAUUCAAAAUCGAUUGGUACAUGAGUAGACUAAAUUAAAUUAUCAUAAAUAAUGACAAUAUGGAUAAAGAAAUUCAAAAUUUAAUAAACUCAUAAAGAGAUUCUUAUAACUACAAAAAAGGUGAUUAUGAUUCGACUUUUUUCCCUAUCUUCUAAGACGAUAUUUGUUUAAUUUUAGAUAAGAAGCAUUAAUUUAAUUAAACUUAGCUUGUAGAAGAAUGCUAAAGCUGUUAUAACAAAGUUUUAACUCAAGGAAUUAUUUUAUCUUUCAAAAAGCUGAAUGAUUAAUUGAAAGAUUUUUAUAACUUUUUCUAAAUUCCUAAUAACACGACAAACUAUCAAAAUGAAAGAACUUUUUACAUAGGAAUUGAGAUUUACGUUGAAAGACCAAUUUUCUAUGAUUCUACUUUUCUCAUUUUACUUUUAGUUGCUAGUUUUUCUUGGAAGUUUGCAGAUAAAAUUUAAAAUAAGAUUCAAGUUGAUUUGAUUUCAAAUAUAUCUAAUAGAAACGAGCUUUCUAUUAAAUAACUUGAUAAUAUUAUUAGAUUAGAUUUUUUCUAAACUGGAGAUUGCAAUGACUAUUUGAGCAUUAAUUUGUUAUGCUGGGUUGCAAUUAAUAAUUCUGAGCAUGAAAAAGAAAAUGAAAGCUUAAAAAAUAAUAAAAUUCAAAUAGAAUAGUAACUUCUUCUUUUCCAUUAAAAGCUAAAAAGUUUAAAUAAAUCAAGCAAACAAAAUUUUGAUGAGAAUCAAAAUCACCCAAGACAAUUACUUGCAAAUAAAGAAAUAGAUUAAAUUGUUUAGAUGAUUGGAAAUCGAUUCAGAGAUAUUCUAGAAACAGAAAAAAUAAAGCAAAAAUAAAGUGAUUGCUAAAUUUUAUAUUUAAUUUAUAUUUUAGAAAUUUAAAAGAAUUUUAAAUUGUUUCUUCUUUAAUACUAUCAAACAAUCUAAAACAAAAAAAAUAUUAAUCUUAAAAGAAGAUAAAUUCUUUAGACCCUAUUUAUUAGGUUCUAAGAUUAUCUACAGUAGUAUAAAUAGCAGAACUCAAACUAAGAUAAUAUUUUUAGCAUGAAAUACUUUAACUUUAUUUUAUAUGAUGAAACAAUAAACGAAAAUAUCUAGCUUUUUUCUAAGACAAUUACAAAGAAAAACGAUAUUCUUUUUAGAAUGUAAGCAAAAAUUAUUGAUUUAGACAGUCUCUCAUAUUAGAUAAAAGACUUUCUCUCUAUGAAAUAAAAGCUAGAGGAAACAAUAAUUCUUUUGUCUAAACUUAACAUGAACAAUAAAGAAUUCAAAGUGAUUUUGAAUCAUUUUAAUCACUGUCUAGCUUUUGAUCACAAAGAAAUUUCAGUUCUCAAAAAACAAAUUUUUAAAUAAUAAAAAUAAGAAAAUGAAUCGACAACAGCUGAAUUAAUUUAAUCUAUUGAUAGCUCAAACAAUUAGGAUUCUUGUGUUAUUUUUACUUCUCUACUUAAUAACGAAGGAAAACAUGUAAUAAAAAAAGCCUCAACUAAUUUUUAUAACUUGUUUGGUAUCAAAUGUAAAUAAGUAAUUCAAAAGCCAAUUGAAUACUUAAUGCCUGAGGUAUUUAAACCAUACCAUAGUAUUUAUAUAAAAGAUUUUAUGGAAAGAAAUAUCAAAUUUAAUUACUAAAUUCAGAAUAUUGCCUUUGCUAAAGACAGUUUUAACUAUAUCUUUCCUUGCAGUUUAAUUCUCAAAAUUAAUAGUAUAGACUCUAUUUAAGAUUUUGGAAUUACAGCUCAAAUAAGAAUGAUCCAAAAGCACAAAGAUUACAUUUUAUUUAAUUCCACAUCAAUGAGAAUUAUUUCAAUUACUCAAAAUCUGCAUAAAAUAAUUUUCAAACAUUUUAAAUAACUAGAAAAUAUCAAUUUGAGCUAGUAUUUUCCAUUUAUACAAGAGGCUAUAAAUCCAACUGGGAAAUUAUUUUCAUAAUCUCUUUCUUCAUUUUCUUUAAGCUCAGCAGAGGAAAAUUUGCAAACAGGAUCAUCUGAUGAGGAAGGAAGCAUAGAAUAUAACGCUUUUUUAAAUAAACCUAUUUAAUUUAUAUUUUUAGAAUUAAUUGAUAGAAUUUUUUCUAAUGGAGAUAGUCAAAUCUCUUAAAUCUAAAUACUUGAUCCUUUUGUUAAUCCAUUAUUGAUAAUGUACCAUUUAGAUACUGAACUCUAUUCGAAUUUGAAGUAUUCAAAAAAUGAAUUGAUUUAAAAUGUAAAAAUUCAGUUAAAAGAAGUUUCUUAAUAAUUAAAUUCAGAAGAAUAAUUAUAAUUCCAUUAAGAAUUAAACUAAAGUAUUAACAACGAUUCAAAAUCAUCCAGAAAAAUGUAAAAAAGCAAAGAUAGUGGUAGUAAUUCAUCAUCAUCAUCAUCGGUAUCAUCUCCUUCUUCUUCUGAUAGUAAAUCAGAAAAAAAUCUUCCUAAAGCUACAAUUCAAUAGAAAAAUAGUGAUGUUAAUUAAUCAUAUUAAAUCAAAGUAAAUAAUGUUGAUAGUUGUUAAUAAAGUAAAAACAAAUAAUAAGAAUAUAAAAAAUCAUUUUUAAGUUUAAAGUUUGAAGCUUCACAAGAGUAAAUAUUGAAUUUUAGAAAAAAUAAGACAUCUUCCUUAAGUGAGAUCAGCAAAAAUAAUGAUAAAUAAGAAGAAAUAAACAUUACUACUGGCGUUUAGUAAAGCUAAAUCAUAGAAGAAAUAUUUACACCUAAAUCGAGCUUAAGUUAAAAAUAAAAUAACUCAACUUUGUUUUUAGGAUUAACUGAUAGAUAAAACUCUUCCUCACCAAAAUAAAUGAAUUAUGACUUGGAAACAAACUCAUAAUUUGAUUAAUCAAGGCUUUUGUCUUCACCUAGAUCAAAAGUUGAUAAGUUUGUAUAAAUAGUUUAAGAUCAUAAGCUAAAAAAUUUUAUAAAAAAAAAAUUCUAAACUAUUUUAAGCAAAGUUAAAUAAACUUAAGAUUAAUUUUAUUAAAAACAAGCAAAAUCAAGUAAGCGCUCUUUUUUGACAGGUUUCAUAAAAGAAGAUUAUAUACAAGAAAAUAUGUUCAUUGAUCAAGAUGAUGAAAAUAACUAGAAAACCAAUGAAAAUGUAAUGCUAAAUUAAAGAAGGGAAAUAAAAUUCAUAAGAGAUGCAAUGAAGAGCAAAUUUACUAUCACAGUAGGAAAUAAGUCAUAUUUUGUAGAUGGUAAAUUUAAACAAGCUUGUAGAAACAGGAUAUUUCUAGAAACUAGACUUGAAUGA